CCUCCUCCUCCUCCCUCACCUCCCCCUACCUCCCCCCCACCUCCACUCCCCCCCUCCCCCCUCCCCCCCCCCCCCCUCCCCCCCCCCCCCCCACCUCCCCCCCCACCUCCCCCCCCCCCCUCCCCCCCUCCCCCCCCCCUCCCCCCCCCCCCCCACCCCCCCCCACCUCCACCCCCCCCUCCUCUCCCUCCCCUCCCCCCUCCCCCACCUCCCCCCACCUCCACCCCCACCUCUCCCCUCCUCUCUCCCCCCUCACCCCCACCCCCCCCCCCUCCCCCCCCCCUCCCCCCCCCCCCCCCCCCUCCCCCCCCCCCCCCCCCCCCCCCACCUCCUCCCCCUCUUCCACCACCAUCAUCACCACCACCAUCAUCACCACCACCACCAUCACCACCAUCAUCACCAUCACCACCAUCAUCACCACCACCAUCACCACCAUCACCACCAUCAUCACCACCACCACCAUCAUCAUCACCACCAUCAUCACCAUCACCACCAUCAUCACCACCACCACCAUUAGCAUCAUCACCAUCACCACCAUCACCACCAUCAUCACCACCACCAUCAUCACCACCAUCAUCACCAUCACCACCAUCAUCACCACCACCAUCACCACCAUCACCACCAUCAUCACCACCACCACCAUCAUCAUCACCACCAUCACCGUCACCACCAUCAUCACCACCACCACCAUCACCACCAUCAUCACCAUCACCACCAUCACCACCAUCAUCACCACCACCACCAUCAUCAUCACCACCAUCACCAUCACCACCAUCAUCACCACCACCACCAUCACCACCAUCAUCACCAUCACCACCAUCACCACCAUCAUCAUCACCACCACCACCAUUAGCAUCAUCACUAUCACCACCAUCACCACCAUCAACACCACCACCACCAUCACCACCAUCACCACCAUCAUCACCACCACCACCAUUAGCAUCAUCACCAUCACCACCAUCACCACCAUCAUCACCACCACCACCAUUACCAUCAUCACCAUCACCACCAUCACCACCAUCACCACCACCACCAUCACCACCACCACCAUCACCACCACCACCAUCAUCAUCACCAUCACCACCAUCAUCACCACCACCACCAUCAUCACCACCACCAUCACCACCAUCAUCACCACCACCACCAUUACCAUCAUCACCAUCACCACCAUCACCACCAUCAUCACCACCACCACCAUUACCAUCAUCACCAUCACCACCAUCACCACCAUCAUCACCACCACCACCCCCACCAUCACCACCAUCCCCACCAUCACCACCACCACCAUCACCACCA